AUGUCAACAACAAUCCCAACCUACCGCUACCAAUACCGCCAACCCUCUUCUUCUUCCCACCCCUCCAGCUUCAGUUUAUCCCCUCCCAGAAACACCCUCCCCCACCACUACCUCGAAUCCCCCACCAACAUCUUCCUCUCUCCCUCCAACCCGCUAUCAGAACUACCAGAGAUAAUCAUAAUCCGCCAAGUCGGCGGACCAGGCGAUAACCACGUCCAAUGGGUAUCCAAAUCGGACAUCAUUCCUUUUCCGGAUCCGGACGAUGAAAGCAGCAAUGGCGGCGGUAGAAGGAAGCAGCACAUGAAAACCUAUGUUUCUCAAGUCCACGGCAUCGUGCACACAGCAAACUGGGCCAACGACGUGGGGGACCGACUCUGGUUGAGGAGUGACCAACCCAUAAUUAAGGGGAGGAGGAGUGUGCCGGUGGUGAAUUUGGAUAAGGGUGUUAGUGGGGAGGUUUGCAUCAACUCGGUAAACUGGUUAGUCGAUAAAAGAGAGAUCAGCACCGGCGCAACCAUCACCAUCAUCGGGGCUGAAUACCGCCAUGUACAGGGGCAACGACGCGGUGGCGGCGGUGGGCCGUUUAGGAUGUGCGUAACGCAGGAAGGGAAUGGUGAGGGGAUCAUUGAGAUAAUCUCUCUGGAAGAGCUAGAGACUUGUUUCGAGGAUGUCAAGCCACCACCAUCAGUACAUGACCACUCUCACUAUCAUGUCCCACCACCCACGGAGCUCCAAAUACUAGGCGACAGCAACCACAUCUCGAGGCAGUUACGAGGCGCUGCCACCAUAUUCGGGGAAACCAACAGCCGAAUUAUGGACGACGACGGCGAUGACGAUAACCUCAGCCAAGUCUCCUUCGCGAGCUCAACCAAGGGAAAAGUGGCGAUAGAUCUGGUAGCGCGGAGUCUAUCGAUCUUCAACUUCAACGCUGCCAUGUUGGACUUGGCUGCGCUGUCUAAUCAGAGCAUGGGUGGCUUUAUCAGGGACAUUGAUGAACAACCAGAGGCGUCGGAUGAUAGCGAUGAAGAGGACGGGGACGAGGAAGAGGAGAGGGUAUGGAGUGAUUGUGAAUCUCAUUGCUCUAGAAGGCAGUCGGCGAUGGAUGACGAGGGUGAGGAUGAGAGGAGUCGAGCAGAAGAUAGUGCGAGUAGGAGUGGUGCUGAUGUACGAAGCCUAUGA